GUUUCUGAAUGGGACUUGAAGGGGGGUGGGGGCUUGAGGAGAGUGCAGAGUAAAGUAGACGAUCAACUCGUAGGCUGAGCUGAAGUUUGGAGUUCCAGAAAUUCCCCGCCCCUCCAUGUACGUUAUAUAGUGAAACUUGGACACCAACAGGCCAAUAUCUGGCUAACCAUUAAAACCAUAAGGUUGUCUUUAAAUUACUACGAAAGGCGACAUGGAGUGUCUUCCCAAGACAGACCCCUCAAAUGAUCACAGUCGGCCCCUGGAGAUCGUGCCUCAUAGUGAUGAGGAGAAGAUGAAGGAGAGGGGUCAGUGGGGCAACAAGGUGGAGUUUGUCCUGUCUGUUGCCGGGGAGAUCAUAGGACUGGGCAAUGUGUGGCGUUUCCCUUACCUGUGCUAUAAGAAUGGAGGAGGUGCUUUCUUCAUCCCCUACCUCAUCUUCCUGUUCACCUGUGGAAUCCCUGUGUUCUUCCUGGAGACAGCUCUGGGACAGUUCACCAGUGAGGGAGGCAUCACCUGUUGGAGGAAAAUCAGUCCCCUGUUUGAAGGAGUUGGCUACGCCACACAAGUCAUCGUGGCUCUAUUGAACUUCUAUUACAUCAUUGUCCUGGCCUGGGCCAUCUUCUACCUGUCCUUUUCCUUCACCUGGGACCUGCCCUGGGCCUCCUGCAACAACACAUGGAACACAGAAUCCUGUAUGGAGUUCCAAAGGAGGAACGACUCUUUCAAUCAGCCACGUCUGAACGCCACGUCUCCUGUCAUUGAGUUCUGGGAGCGGAGGGUUCUGCGUAUCUCCUCUGGCAUAGAUCACAUAGGUUCUCUCAACUGGGAUCUGGUACUGUGUCUUGCCAUAGCCUGGGUCAUGGUCUACUUCUGUAUCUGGAAGGGAGUCAAAUCAACUGGCAAGGUGGUGUAUUUCACAGCGACCUUCCCCUACAUCAUGCUGUCUAUCCUGCUGAUAAGAGGUGUCACCCUUCCUGGAGCUUUCAUAGGAAUCCAGUUUUACCUCUACCCAGAUCUGGGACGCCUGUCUGACCCACAGGUAUGGAUGGAUGCAGGGACUCAGAUCUUCUUCUCUUAUGCCAUCUGUCUGGGGUGUUUGACUGCUCUGGGAAGCUACAAUAAGUACAACAACAACUGCUACAGAGAUUGUUUAGCAUUAUGCUUCCUGAACAGCGGGACCAGCUUCGUGGCAGGGUUUGCCAUCUUCUCCAUUCUGGGCUUCAUGUCCUAUGAGCAGAACGUACCCAUUUCAGAAGUGGCAGAAUCUGGUCCUGGUCUGGCCUUUAUAGCGUACCCCCGUGCAGUGUCCAUGAUGCCUUUCUCUCCUCUCUGGGCUGUAUUUUUCUUCAUCAUGAUCGUCUUUCUGGGACUGGACAGCCAGUUCGUGUGUGUAGAGAGUCUGGUGACAGCCAUGGUGGACAUGUACCCUAAAACAUUCCGUCGCAAGAACCGCAGAGAGCUCUUCAUCCUGGCAGUGGCAGCCUUCUCCUUCCUCAUGGGUCUGAUCAUGCUGACAGAGGGAGGCAUGUACGUUUUCCAGCUCUUUGACUACUAUGCUGCCAGCGGGAUGUGUCUGCUCUUUGUGGCUGUCUUCGAGAGUGUUUGCAUUGCUUGGAUUUAUGGUGCUGAUCGUUUCUAUGACAACAUUGAGGACAUGAUUGGCUACCGUCCUGGCCCUAUUAUCAAAUACUGCUGGAUGUUCUUCACUCCUGCUACCUGCUUAGGUACAUUUGCUUUCUCUUUGAUCAAGUACACCCCCUUAAAGUACAACAAUGAGUAUGUGUACCCCUGGUGGGGAUAUGGUCUGGGCUGGCUCCUGGCCCUGUCCUCCAUGCUCUGUGUUCCACUCUGGGUGGUCAUCAAAAUGUGUUCUGAGGAAGGCACUCUGAAAGAACGCUUUACAAUCCUGACCACACCAUCCACUGACCUACCUAAAACCAAGAAGGAACAGGAGAAGCUGUUGGCCAUCUUUGCGGCUGAUGGGGACAGUCUCCGUCAGAGACACCAUCCCACCAAGGAAGGCUACUUCCCUGUCAAUGAGAAGGAGUCCAACUGCUAAAGCUGGGAACAUGGAUCCAAGACUUCUGAGGUCCCAUGUCCAUGCCCUCAACAUGGCCUCGGUCCUGUCCCAAACCUCUCGUCAAAGAUACCUCAUAACUGCACAACUGCGGCCGAAUGAGCCCAGAUGCAGAGACACUGGUGCUGCUGUCGCUUAGCUCUCCUUUCUCUUUCAGAGAGAAUAUGGCGUACUGCUUCAGGUCCUGUUGUAAACCAUAUACGUACUUAUGUUUACACACAAUGCUUCUUGCUCCUUGCAAUCUACACUUCCAUUCGUGGGAGAGUCGGCCUCCACCUUUGCCUCACUUUUGCCUUAUCGAGCAAGAACUCUAGCCGGGUUAUACUGAUUCCUUUCACCAAUGGCUAAAGUUAAGAAGACAUUGAAAUGGUGGGAUUCAGUGAUUUGUUACAUGUCCACGGUGGUUGAGACUUGAGAAUGUCUAAUGAUUUCAACUGCUUUCUAAGGAAGCAUUUUUUUUAUUGUUUCAUGGACAUCUCUGACGUUAUGCUUGGCAUGUGUACACACGUUGCUGUGUUGGGGCAUUAUGUUGAACUUGCUGCAGUCUUAUGAGUAUAAUGCUGGGCUGGAGUUUGACUUGGGCUGGAGCUCACCGGAAUUCGAGAACCACCAACUCAUAUUUUCUACUGCUUGAGCUCCUGUUCUUUUUAUAGAAUAUUAACUCAAAGGUUUUGUGGCGACCUUGCACAUAAAUCCUCUUAACAGGACCAGCACACAAAAUGAGUAAUGGCACCUACGUCAAGCACUGGUUGAAUGUAAUCAUUCUAAACAUAUAUCCGCAUGACAACUAAAAGCCUCAUGGCUUUGUUGAUACCAGCUUCAAAGCUGUACAGAAUAUAAUGACCAUUUACAUUUCCCUUUAGAAUGCUACUUUAUGGGAUGCCAAAUUCAAAUACUGGCAUUUUACUGAAAACCCAUAUAGUUUGUUAUACAUAUUUAUGUCACUAAACUUGCAUCAAAAAGAAAUAAUGUUUUUCUGUCUCUGGUAAUGACCUGUAAGAGACUGAAUAGGCUUUGCUAGCCUGAAGAUGUUGCUGUGAGUCUAGGAUGGAGUCCAACUUUGUGUAUUGCUUUAGAUUGAAAAGCAUACAUGGACAAAGUGUAAUCAUUGUGUAUUAGCAUUAUAAUCCUAGUAUUAUAUUAUAUGAUAAUAUGUUCAAGUAUUUUAAAAUGCUCUCCUCCUUGGCUUGAUUUUUAAAACUGUAUAUAAUCAUACAGUAUAUAUUUCUAAACUGUAUACCAAGUCCAAAAGAUGAUACAAUAUUUGAUAAACAUAGUUUAAAACUAGUGAAAGUAUGGAUUGUAUUCAAAAUACUUUGUUGUACGUAAUUAUGCAUCGGAAAUCAUUGUACAGUACACUAUAGUUUUUGAGAAUAGUACACAGCUUUAGGGAAAUAAACAUGAGAAAUCAGAGAGAAAAACUUGGGAAUUAUGAACUUGAGUUUCAUUCCUUUUUCAUUGUAAUGAAUACAUCAAAUGAAAUCUAUCAGAUGUAUUUUAUUUUCUUGUAGUGUUGUCUGUUUUUUAAUUUGUUAUACUGUAUCAAGAUAUGUGCCAUAGCACACAAUAACAACUUAGAAAAGCAUAAGUCCUUAAACUUUCUGUGUUUCUCAAUAUUGCAGUCUUGUUAAGUGUAAUGCUGAACUAUCACGUCUUAUUACAACUGACAUUGUAAGAUCAAAAUGUGUAGCCUGUGUUUUAAAACAAAUGUAAUGUAAUUUUUCCAUAGAUGUAUAGAGGAGUCAAAUCAGAUUAUACACGUUUUUGCCUGGAUUUUAUUAAGAGCAAAGUAGUUAAGGAGUUGGGCUUCAUACACAUGUUCAUCGCUUUUAUAACCUGGUUGGAGACUCCAACCCCAAUCAUCAGGAGGGAUAGGCCAAUAAACUUUACAAAAGAAGAAAAUGGUGUACUUCAAAUUGGCCUCAUGGUGUUUCCAGCGACGGUUAAGAAGGGACAAUUGUGAAUUUGAUAAUGAGACACAAUUUUUUUUAGACAAGGCUCUACUGAGAUGGACAGAAUUAUCAUCUGUGGAUCUGUUCAAAUGUAAUUUCUGUUCCAACAUAGGUAGCACUAUUAAUUGAAGCCAUUGCAAGUUGUCGAUGUCUGUACAAUUCAGUGGCUCAUCUCUUGGUGACCAUGUUGGACUUGUGAUUACAUAGCCAACGUGUGACCCAACCUGAGAGGUAGCUAUCCUAUACAUUAACCUGAUUGAAAAAGACGAAUGAAUGAGUUGGGAGAUAAGCUAAAAUAU